AUGGGGCUUAGAAGCAGGAGAGCAGCAGCACAAUACAGAAAAAGAAGUGCAUGUCGCAGGGCCUGUCUUUGACAGAUCUCGCUUCGUGCAAGAAAUACAACUCGAUGGGAGUACGAGUAUAAACGAUAUCUUUGACUUCACGCAUGCACAAAACUUAGGCAAGGGUUCUUACGGUCAAGUUGUUAAGGCUCGGGAUUUAAAGACAGGAAGCAUAAGAGCAAUUAAAGUUGUUUAUAAACCUCGAAUUGAGAACGUUAUGAGGCUUAAGAGAGAAAUACUUAUCAUGAAGAGGCUGGACCAUCCGAACAUAAUAAAACUGUUUGAAGUGUACGAGGACGAGAAGAAUCUGUAUUUAGUAAUGGAGUUGUGUACAGGGGGAGAGCUAUUUGAGAGGAUAAUAAAGUCGGGACACUUCUCAGAAAGAUAUGCAGCUUGUUUAAUGCGUCAAGUCUUCUCAGCUGCUGCUUAUUGUCAUUCUAAUAAUGUUAUGCAUAGAGAUAUUAAACCUGAGAACCUGCUCUACGCAGACAGCUCGCCUUUAUCUGCUUUGAAAGUUAUAGAUUGGGGCUUCGCUGCUCGGUGCGGUCGUAGUCAUAAGUUCAGCAGUGUUGUCGGCACGCCUUAUUAUGUUGCACCCGAAGUUUUAUUCGGCAAGUACGGCUACGAAUGCGACAUAUGGAGCGCAGGGGUUAUUCUUUUUAUUCUUCUCUGCGGAUAUCCCCCCUUCCACGGUAAGGACAACCAAGCAAUAUUGAAGAGAGUGCAAGCAGGAGAAUAUAGCUUUGAUCCUCGGCACUGGCGUCGGGUGUCUGAGUCGGCGAAGGAUUUAGUUCGUAGAUGUUUAACGUAUGUCCCUUCUAAGAGGAUAACAGCCAAGGAAGCCCUUCAACACCCGUGGAUAUUAUCAUUUGCAUGCAUGAAUGGAGGCGUUGAGCAUGCAUUAUCAAUUCGUUUAGGAUCGGAUUUAAUAGAGAGGUUUAAAAGCUUUCAACGUCUUCAUAAGUUAAAAAGAUUAGCUAUUACUUGUGUAGCAUAUCAAUUAACAGACAGCGAGAUAGGCUUACUACAUGAUGCUUUUGCUGCAUUAGAUAAAAAUGCAGACGGAGUGUUAACAGUUAAUGAGAUACUUCAAGGAUUAAAACAAUGCGGUGUUGAAGGAGAUGAUGUCUUAGAUGUUUUAAAAGAAUUAGAUACCGAUGGUAACGGUACAAUAGACUAUACAGAGUUUAUUGCUGCUUCUAUGGAUCAUAAGAUAUAUGAGCAAGAGUCUGCAUGUCAAAAUGCAUUUCGAGUCUUCGACUUAGAUGGAGACGGCAAGAUCUCUGUAGAUGAAUUGCAAAAGGUAUUGGAGACAAGUUAUAUUAAAGAGGCGUUCAGCAAGGAGACAGUCAUGGAGAUGAUGAGGGAGGGGGACUUAAACAACGACGGGAUGAUAGACUUUGACGAAUUUAUGCGGAUGAUGAGGGGUAGACACCGCAAAGUUAAUGAAGGCUCUUCACCAUUAGCAAGAGCUAGAGCUCUUCUUUAUAGACGAUAUGAUAAUUAA